UUAAAAAGAUUAAAUUUCGUAAAUUUAAAUUCAAAAGAACUGUAAUCUUAAUUUUGCAAAAUUUGCAAAGUUUUUGUUGAAUUGAAUGUUUUUUUGUAAAUGUAAAUCCAUGAUCAGUAAAUCCAAGUGCAAUCAUAACUACAAAAAUAUUUUUUCUGUAAUUCGAACCUCUUUUAUCAACAAGCCGCAUUUACAUACAUCGAUAGUGUACGAACGGAAGUGAUAUUCUAGUCAUGUUUCGGAGAGUAUAUAAUCAGUUACUAUAACGCAGUCCAUACAUAAAUUAUCAAUAAUUAUUAUUAUAAAUCGUAAAUUAUCCGUAAAUACUUUUUUCACACAACAACAUUGAGCUGUCCUACGGAUUAUUUUUGCAUCAGUCUUUACUGAAUUUCUUCAAAUUCUUCAACAUUUUACAGAAUUCUAGAUUCAAUGCUACGAAAUGCAUUUCUUUGAAUGAAAACGUAGUGAAAUGAGUUUUCUAACAGAAGAUAACUGUAGAAUACACUCUGAUGUUCAAUACUAGCCUGACUUCGAAACAGCCUUAAAAAACGGCGUAAUUCGUUGAAGUUUUAGAAGAACUUAAUUCUGACCUUGGCUAAGGAAGACCUGCGCCGCCAUCUUGAGGAUCAAAAACAAUGCAAUCAGCAAAUUCUUUGCAAACCAUUUCGCAUAAUUUCCAAAAUCAUAUCAGAGCUGACUUUUCUUAACUCACAUGCUUUUUGAAGAUGAAUUGGUUCGAGAUGCUCCAACAAAAGAGAUCAGUUUUGCAUCAUUCGAAGCGUAACCGAUGCAAAUGCAUUUUAAAAGAACAUGUUUCGCAUUUUCUCCGAGUUGUGACUCUCUACAAUACUUUUCUUGUCGACUUAAUGAGUUUAACAGCGUUUCAUUUGGGAAACGCUUCGAAACGUAAUCGCAAAAAGAAGCGUUUCGUAUCGUUUCAAAAACUCAAGGCAGCAAAACGCGUUCUAUAUAAGUAAAAAUACUGUGAAACGCAUUCCGUCUCGAAGAAACGCUGCAAAACGCAUGCCCCAAUCUUGGAAACGCGUUACACAGUGCGUUUCCUUAGAUAUUUUACGCCAUGAGAACAAUUAUCAUAUAAACAAAUGGUAUAAAUGAAAACAAAUGAAAUUUAUCGUGAUACAAAUACUGAUAUCACUACAUCCAAUGUUAUUCUCAUCAUUCUAUGAAAAUUCGUUUUUUAUUAUUCUCAUACAUGUAUGUAUUCAAUAAUAACCUCUAUUCAAUAUGCUGUUAUUCUAUCUUAAUUUAGACCAUCAUGUACUGAACUCAAUGUUAGUAUGACAAUGUUGCUGGUUUAUAACUUGUAUGUCCAACAUAUUUUUCUCUAUUUAGACAUAUAAAAAUUAUUACUAUUAUACCAUUUCGUACAGGUUCUGGUGAAUGUUAUGCACGCGAUACAAGUGGUACAAUUCCGACCCGUUGUGUUCUUCAAUGUAUUAUUAUUAUUAUUAUUUUUAUUUAUGAAACACAAAAACGAACAACAACAAUUACAAAUAUUAAUCUUAUUUAUUCAAUUUAUUCUAUUAAUGGUGUUAUUAAUCCUAUUGGUGGUGGUGCUAAUGAUAUUACUGAUGGUUAUACAUCAGAAGGUGUUAUUGCUACUGGUUAUACAUCACCUGGUGGUGUUAUUAUUAUCACUGAUGGUGAUCUUGAAUUAGAUAUUAACCUUGCUCAUGAAUUAGUUUUAUUUUUAUUUUUAUUUAUAUGA